AUAAACUUGUGAACAACUCUGCUGCUGCGCAUCGUGCCGAAAACUCUUUGCGGUCUGUCAGGCGGAAAACGAGAUUACGGAUGUGACGCUAAGAUGACGCGAGAUCCGCAACGACGGGAAAACCAUCCUUGCGCUGUAAAUUGGCGGAUCUCAAGGAUGGUUCUCCAGAUCCUAUUAAUUCAGAAUUUCGUUACAUUUAAAGCCGUUGCUCAGAUAGCGGAAUGUCCGCCGUCGGAAACAAUUCCGGGCUGUCCCUGCUAUAAUUUUGAAGACGGUCUCUUCCUGGAAUGCGCUGGCGCUACGGAAGAGACUCUAAAAACCACACUAGAAGGCGUGCUAAGUACGAGCGGCACGGGCACGAUGGUACAGUCGUUGAGCGUUUACGAGCUGGACAAAAGCAUCGAGGAGCUAAAAGAGGGUGCUUUUCCACCCGGUUCACAAAUCAGGCAUCUUCAAAUAUCACAUUCGUCUUUGCGGGAAGUGAGCGAGGGCGCGUUCACGAACCUGAAAGAUAGCUUGGAAUCUUUGGCACUGGUUUCCGGGCGUCUGCCCCAUGUGCCUCAAAAAUCACUGGCCGAUUUACGAAAGUUGGCCGCCUUAGAUCUCGAGACGAAUCUGAUACAAGAUCUCUCGUCCUACUGCUUUUACGGCUUGAAACUAAUGAAGCUGACUCUGAAGGGAAACCAGAUAUCGAAAAUUUCCGAAUACGCGUUUGCCGGCCUCGAAGACAGCCUCAGCGAUCUAGAUCUGGCCGAAAACAAACUGAAACUAUUUCCAAUGGCUCCCCUGAGGAGGCUAGAGAGCCUGGCGUCGCUUAGGUUGGCGUGGAAUGAGAUAUCCGAACUACCCGACGACGGUUACAGUCUUCUCAGCGCUCUGCUGAUUCUCGAUUUGAGUAGCAACAAUUUCGAGAAACUGUCCGAAGACUGCUUCCGACCUUGUCCUAUCCUUCACACCCUAUCGCUCUACUACAAUUCCAUCGAGACUGUUCACAAGGACGCGUUCGUGUCGCUGAAAGAUCUAGAGUCGAUCGAUUUGAGUCACAACAAAAUAGUCUUCCUCGACGUCGCGACAUUUAAGGGGAACGAACGGCUGCGCACGAUCGAACUUAGCCAUAACCACAUUCACUAUAUCGGUGGUGUGUUCGCCAGGCUACCCGAGCUGAGGGAACUCUAUCUGGCGGAAAACAAUAUUCUCGAGAUCCCGGGAGAUGCAUUCGCCGGCAGCGUCAGCCUCGCGGUCGUAUAUCUCCAGCAGAACGCCAUCCGCAGGAUCGACGCCAAGGGUCUCACGAGUCUCACGCAGCUGGCGCAAUUGCAUCUGAGUAACAACUACAUCGAGAAGGUGCCGCGGGAAUUCCUCGAGCAUUGCGAAAACCUCUCGUCGCUCUCCCUGGACGGUAACAAGAUCCGCGAGUUGCAGCCGGGCACCUUCCUUAAGCUGCAUCAACUGCGCGAGCUGCGGCUGCAGGAUAAUCAUAUAACGGAAGUGAAGCGUGGCGUUUUCACGCCGCUGCCGGCGCUACUGGAACUUCAUCUGCAAAACAACGCCAUCACCUCGAUGGAGACUGGCGCGUUAAGAACACUCAAUAGUCUGCAGCACGUUAAUCUGCAGGGCAAUCAGCUGACCAUGCUCGGCGACGUCUUUCAGCUCUCAGCGUCGGAAUCGUCUUCCGGCGGAAGUUCUUUGGUGUCCAUUCAGCUGGACAGCAACGGCCUGGCCGUGUUGCACAAUGAUUCUCUGCGCGGCCAGGCGUCCGUUCGUAUCAUGUGGCUGGGUCACAACAAGCUGACACACCUGCAGGCGCCCCUCUUCAGGGAUCUUCUUUUAGUGGAGCGCCUUUAUCUGACGAACAAUUCCAUAUCCAAGAUCGAAGACGCGGCUUUUCAACCGAUGCAGGCUUUGAAGUUUCUCGAGCUGAGCAUGAACAAGCUGAGUCACGUAACGGCGAGGACUUUUUCUGAGCUGCACGAGCUGGAGGAACUGUAUUUGCAGGAUAACGGCUUAAGAAGACUUGAUCCUUAUGCGCUCACGGCUCUUAAGAAACUAAAAGUAUUGGAUCUGGCGAACAAUUAUCUUACCAUCUUGCAAGAUGCAAUUUUUCAAGAGGACCUACCGAUCCGAACGCUAAACUUGAAGAACUGCUCGAUAACCACGAUAGAAAACGGUGCCUUUCGCGGACUUAAUAAUCUGUUCGAUCUCAAUUUGGACGACAAUCUUCUUACGGCGUCAGCGCUGCUGCACUUGCAUGUUUCCGGUUUACGUACACUCGCGGCGUCCGGCAACAAUUUCAGUCAGAUCACGGAGCACAGUUUCAACGGGCUGCCGUCCUUGCAAGAGCUUUUCCUGGACGAUUCGCAGAUAAGUCAGUUACCGGAGACAAUCUUCGUGCUGAACCGAAAUCUGGCGCGUUUGCAUCUGAAUCGGAAUCACCUGCGCACUCUGCCGCCGGGCAUUUUCGAUCGAUUAUUGUCGCUGCGGGAAAUACGACUGGAUUACAAUCGACUGCAGGACAUCCCGUACUCGGCGCUGGCGAGUGCGCUCAAUCUCGAAAUCCUCACGUUGUCCACCAACGAGAUUCUCAACGUCGACAUGGCGAGUUUCGCCAGUCUCAAGCAUCUGCGGGAGUUGGAUCUGAGCCACAAUAAGAUCGAGACGAUGUCCGGCUUCGCGAUGGCCAAUCUGUCGCGGUUAAUAUCCGUGGAUCUCAGUCACAAUAACUUGAAUGCGCUGCCGGCGAACUUCUUCGCGCAUUCGUCCUUGUUGCGCAGAGUGGACCUGUCGGAGAAUAAAUUUCGACAAAUACCCGCGGUAGCUCUCUCAGGUCAGAAUCUGCCUGGUCUGACGUGGCUGAAUCUCACCCGAAAUCCUUUAAACAGAAUCCACGAUCUACCGUCGGAGGCGAUGUAUCCUAUUCUUCAAGAAGUGCACAUAUCCGGCACCAAUCUCAGUAUAGUAACUUCGCAGGACUUCGAAGCCUUUCCGGCGCUCUUGCAUCUCUAUCUCGGACAGAAUUGCAUUCUUCGCGUAUCGCCGGGCGCGUUUCGAAGUUUACCAAAUUUACUCACUCUUCAUCUCGGCAUGAAUAGUUUGGAGAUCUUACCGAAAGAGAGGCUGCAGGGCAUGGAGCAUCUACGUAUACUCAAUUUAACGCACAACCGUCAAGAGCUGGAAGAAUUCCCGGAGGAUCUCAAGUCUCUUCAAAUAUUGGACCUGUCUUACAAUCAGAUCGGCAUUGUCGGCAAAGUGACAUUCAAGAAUUUAAUUAGCCUGAUCGAGCUGCAUCUUUAUGGCAACUGGAUAAACGCCAUUUCCAGUGAGGCGUUUAGACCUCUGAAGAAGCUACGUCUACUUGACUUGAGUAGAAAUUACUUAGAGAAUCUGCCGCUGAACGCUUUCCGACCACUCGAGACACAAAUAAGGAGUCUGCGGGCUGAAGAGAAUCCCUUACAUUGUGGCUGCGAGUCGCAAGAAUUGUGGGAAUGGUUACGAGAUCAUCAGAAAUUGGUGAGCGGAGUCGGCGGUGGUCGUAGCCGCGGAAGAAAUGGUGUCGGAGUCGGUGACGUCGAGGGCGGUUUGUUAAGAUGUGAGCAGCCGCCCGAACUCCGGGGCCUCGUCUUUCUCGAUCUUGACCCCCACGCUUUCUGUUCCGCUCCGUUGGUCUUGAAACUCGCAAUUCAGGACAUUCAGCCCUUCUCUGUUCUUGUAUCGUGGCAGAGCAGAAAUCAUUCCGGCCUCCAUGGAUACCAAGUGGCAUAUCACGCCUUGGACAACGUCGACGAGGUACGAGGCAAGUUGCUGGAUCCAAAGGCACGUUCCGUAAGAUUGACGAAGUUAGCGUCUGGCACGCGCUACCUAAUCUGCGUGCUCGGCUUAGGCAGCUGGGGCACGCCGAUCCCAGAGGACAUCGGCUCUUGGCAGUGGAACGCCUCACACGACGACGUGAUUGAGGGGUCGGCGUUGCCAAUGAUGGUAAACUCGCCUACGAGCCGUUGCACGGAUGUCCGAACUUUGGACGCGCCCGAUUCGAUAGUGGGUGACGGGACGGUGAGCGACAGAGGCAGCCUGACGAGCAUGCUCACGAGACGGCUGGGCCUGAUUGUGGGUAGCUGCAUGGGCUUCGUCGUCUUCGUGGUGCUGAUUUCCGUACUGGGUUACAUGAAAAUGAAGAAGCAGAGGGCGACGGCCAAGCGAGAUCAGCCGUUGUCCGCGAAUCCGCCGGAGUACAUGUCGUACAGGCAUUUUUCGUUACAGAGCGGCGACAGAGCGGAGAACACUUGUCCGAGUUUCAUAAGUAAUAUUGGCCCACCACCUCUCAGCUCGUAGCAGAAGGCGAAGGAGUCUUGUAAAGAGACCGCUCAACAUGACAUCGAGAUGAAAACCGUGUCGACUUGCACCAAUAUCUACAGCUAAUAAUCGCGCGGCCCGACGAAACGACGUGUAGUUCGUGUCGACGAUGUUUCCGGUGUCGUCGAAAACGUGACGAUGAGGCGGAAUGGUCGUUGUGUGAUAUUGGAUCUUCAAACUUUUAACGCGCGUUUCGAAUAAUCAAGCCGACGGCCGUCGAUCAUGUCGAUUAUAACGCGAAGCGGAAUGUGAUGAUCGUGAUAAUUUUAUUCCGGCCGUCACGAGUUUCGACAUUUCUUUUUUAUUUCGCCAAUAAUCUACGCCGUAAUCUACGAGACAGACAUUCUUCGACUUAUUAUACAACAAACGAUCGAACCAGAAUUACGCCGAUCGGUAAAAAAUUUUUUAAUCGAUAGCAAUGUUCCAACGAUUUUUUAUACGAUCUUCAUUGCAUCGAGCAUGCCAUCGCUCCCACGAUACGCUCAUCUUAUAUAAAGAAAGAAGAAUGCGAGUAAAGUGCCAAAAAAAAAAACAUGUCCCUGAAUACACAAUCAUCUCAUCAAUUGUGCGACUGUGCGCGAAUAAACAUGCGACUUCCAUUGUGAGAACAUCUUCGUAGCGACUUAAUCUGAUUACCGUAUAUCGACGAGAAACGCUCGACGCAAGACUUAGAUGCGUCAUGGCGUUGAAAGCUUGUGCCAAAAGACUAAAAAACAUUUCUACGUGAAAAUUCAAGAACUUUCAGCGAGAAAAUCAAAUACGUGCGAUAAAUUAACAUUUUGAUGGACGAUUUUAUCAGAACACUCUUUACAGAUCUUUUCUUUUUUACAAAGUAUCGCGAAGCACUAGCUAUUAAUAGGGAAUAUUUCCGCUGCUUUACGAAAAUCGAGCAACGAUCUAUCAACCCUCACUUUCGAAACUUUCGA